AAAAAAGCUGAUCCUUUUUUGUGGCUUUCUGAUUCUUCUCUGUUUUUUUUUUCUUGUUGAGUUUUGUUUUCUGUUGCUUGUAUCUGCUCUUGUUUUUCGUUUCCUCUGGCCUUCUGCUGAGUUGGGUCCUGAGCUCCGUUUGUGAAGAGGGACGAUCAUGUUGUUACGUGUCUCUGUUCUAUCUUUUUCGCCUUGGAAAGCAUCUACUUUGGUAACCGCAUAGUUCUCGCGGACUGUCAGCCUCUCACUGAGUUGUGGACAUUUGCACAAUAUCACUAAUAUUGGGCAUAUGCUGAGCAUCUAAGUUUGAGAGGUUCUACAAGGUUUCGGUUUGUUUGAGGAAGACUCCUCGGAGGAAAUUGGAAGGUAAACAAUGGGGUUCAUAUGUGAUUUUUGUGGGGAGCAAAGAUCCAUGGUGUACUGUCGGUCAGAUUCAGCUUGCUUAUGCUUAUCAUGUGAUCAGAAAGUCCACUCCGCUAAUGCCCUGUCAAGGCGCCAUUCGAGAACACUUCUAUGCGAAAGAUGCAAUGUGCAGCCCGCUUUAGUUAGAUGCACAGAAGAGAGGGUCUCGCUUUGUCAGAAUUGCGAUUGGACAGGUCACGGUGCCUCUACUGCGGCUUCUGGGCAUAAAAGGCAGACGAUAAAUUGUUAUUCUGGAUGCCCAUCUUCUGAUGAACUUUCCUCACUCUGGUCAUUUGUGAGAGACUUGCCUUCGAUUAGAGAAUCCAAUUGUGAGCAGGGGUUAGGUUCGAUGCGCAUCACUGAGAAUAGUGAGAGGACAACUUGGGAUACUCUAGACAAUAGUGCCAGCCUAGAUACAUCUUCUGUUUUGCAAGCCGACAACGUGGCAGAUGCUUUGGUAGGUUCAUCUUCAUUAGCUGAGCUUAAAGCCAUGUCGCAGAGUCUGGACCAGCUGGCUUUACCUGUGAAUACGUUGAAUAAGGUCUGCUAUCCAAUGUCAAAUUCUGGAGUCUGUGAUGAUGAUCUAUUUAAGGAAUUUAAUAUGGAUGAAGUAGAUAUGAACAUCGAAGAUUAUGAAGAACUUUUUGGCUUGACUUUAAAUAACUCAGAAGAACUUUUUCAAAAUGGUGGACUGGAUAGCUUGUUUGGCACAAAGGAUAUGUCCGCUGCAGAUUCCAACUGUCAGGGUGGUCUCCUUGCCGAGGGAUCAUCUGUUGGAAGACCUAGUGCCACGCAGCCGGCUUGCAGUGUAGCAUCGGGCGACUCCAUUAUGAGCUCGAAGACCGAACCUAUCCUUUGUUUUACAUCCAAGCAAGCCCAUUCGGGCAUUUCAUUCUCAGGUCUUACUGGGGAGAGUAGCGCUGGAGAUUAUCAAGAUUGCGGGGCCUCUUCCAUGCUUCUCAUGGGGGAGCCCCCCUGGUGUCCCCCAGGUGCUGAGAGUUCUGUUCCGUCUACAAGCAGGAGUAAUGCCGUUAUGCGUUACAAGGAGAAAAAGAAGACACGGACGUUUGAGAAGACAGUGAGAUACGAAUCACGGAAAGCAAGGGCUGAUGUGAGGAGGCGAGUCAAGGGGCGUUUCGUGAAGGCUGGUGAAGCUUACGACUAUGAUCCUCUCAGCCCAACCAGAAGCUACUGAGAGAGCAGCCAUAUUUUAGGACAAAGACAAAUGUGAAAGACUGGGAAUACUGCGAUGAAGAACUAAUGAGAUGCGACAUUUACAGGCCAGAAGUGGGAGCAUUUGCUUUCGAGUAGGCGGGUUUCUUUGCAAAUUCUAGACAUGUUCACUGCUGGACUUUUUUGGGCAAAAGGGCUAUGCUUCUGGAGAAUCCAGCCGAUUACAUUCUGUCUUUUUGUGGAAACAUCAAACUAUACUUGAGCUUUUCGGUAGCUUUUCGUGCCCUGGCUUCUAGAGAUUGUCUAUGCAGGCAUACGGCCGGGACAAAUUCACAUAGGUGAACCUUUUUUUCGGGCUUCUAUCACUUAACAGUGUACAGUGAUGGGUCUUGUAUUUAUAUGCGGUCUCACAGGCCCUCUUAUAAGGUGGAUCAUGUAGGAUCAUAGUGUAAGCAUGAAAGAGCGGUUUGUAAAGAUGGAGAGUUUUCGCCUCUGAAUCUAUUGAAUCCAACUCCUGACAGAAAGUGUUGUAUAGUUAUUGAGUCGCCACGAUUGGACGUCACAGCAGAGGAAACAUCAUUUGCGAAUGGUUCAUGUUGUAAAGCGAGUUUAUGUUAUC